UUAUUGACGUCAGGAGGAGGCAAUGGCUGAGCCCGCGGCUGCCGAGCUUGGUGCUGCAGUCCCCUCCAGCAGCAGCAGAUGAUCCGGGAGCAGGGGCUCGCGCUGCUGCUGUCACAUGCGGUUACACUCAUUGACUUGCAGGGGCCGGAGCAUUGAAGGCCCCCGGGAGGCACUGCGCCCCGCGGCACGACUGCCUGAGGUGACAUCCGUGAAGCUGCCUGUGGAAAUGGAGGAAUAAAAAGCCAGAGGAGUUGGGGCUCUGUGAUGCCGGCAGCACUCGCAGGACUCUUUCCCCCCUUCCUCUUCUCUUGCUCUCGGAUUUGACAUCAUGUCCGUUCACAUUGUAGCCUUUGGCAAUGAAAGGGAGGCCUUUUCAGAGGAGAAUCAGCAGCCCAGUCUGAUUUGGACCUAUCUGGGGAGAAGCGCUCUCAUUUCAGAGACUGAAAGCAGUUUGUUGCUGAACUCUGCCAGUCACGUUGGAAAUCCUGUUUUCACUGAGUAUCAAGCCCGUGUGUUUGGAAAUGUCAGGCUGGUGGUACAUGACUGUCCCCUUUGGGAUAUAUUUGACAGUGAUUGGUACACAUCUCGGAAUCUUAUCGGUGGAGCUGAUAUCAUUGUGAUUAAAUACUCUGUGAAUGACAAGUCUUCAUUUCAAGGAAUAAAGGACAUUUAUGUCCCAAUGAUAAAGAAAGCAUUAAACCACUGUUCAAUUCCAGUCAUAAUUUCUGCUGUUGGUGCAAGAAAAAAUGAAGUGCCUUGCACUUGCCCACUGUGCACUUCAGACAGGAGGAGUUGUGUUACUACUUCUGAAGGGAUUCAACUUGCUAAAGAUCUAGGAGCUACUUACCUUGAACUGCACACUCUCAAUGACUUCUAUAUAGGCAAAUAUUUUGGAGGAGUGUUGGAGUAUUUUAUGAUCCAGUGCUUGAAUCAGAAGACAUCUGAAAAAAUGAAGAGAAGAAAAAAACCCCACAAGUGCCAUGGAGUUAAACCACCUCAUCUUGAACAGCCAGAAAAAAUGCCAAUCUUGAAAGGUGAAGCCUCGCAUUAUGACUCUGACUUGCAUAACCUGCUGUUCUGCUGCCAGUGUGUGGAUGUGAUAUUUUGCUCAGAAGAUUUAAGGAAUGUAGGAGAAGCGCACAAGAUUAUUUUAUGCUCUGUAAGCCAUGUCUUCAUGUUGCUUUUCAAUGUGAAGAGUCCAGCUGAUAUUCAGGAUUCCUCUGUCAUAAGGACUGCGCAGACUCUCUUUGCAGUAAACAAUGAAGCUGUUUUUCCAGUUUCUAGCAGAGGCUCACCGUGCAACCCACCAGUAAGAGUCAUUGUUAAAGACUCCUUCUUCUGUUCUUGUUUGUCAGACAUUCUGCACUUCAUUUAUUCAGGUGCUUUCCAAUGGGAACUGUUGGAAGAAGAGAUAAAAAAGAAAUUAAAGGACCCUGGAGAAGUUGAGCAGGUGCUUGAGAAAGUUAAAUGUAUUCUGAAAACUCCAGGACGGGUAAAUAAUUUAAAAGAUUGUAGAAUUUAUCAGACAAAAAGACCAUUGCAGAUAUGUAACACUUCUCUCAGGCUUUUCUUUAAUACACCUGUGUUAGCCGAUGUCCUCUUCAAAAUACAAGGUGCUACUGUUCCUGCUCACAGAGCAGUCCUAGUGGCUCGCUGUGAGGUGAUGGCAGCUAUGUUUAAUGGUAAUUAUAUAGAAGCAAAUAGUGUUCUGGUUCCUGUUUAUGGGGUUUCCAAAGAUACUUUCCUCUCCUUUCUGGAGUAUCUGUAUACAGACUCCUGUUGUCCAGCCAGCAUUUUGCAAGCCAUGUCUCUCUUGAUUUGUGCUGAGAUGUACCAGGUAUCACGACUCCAGCAUAUUUGUGAGCUGUAUAUCAUCACACAACUGCAGAGUAUGCCUACUAGGGAAUUGGCAUCUACAAGUCUGAGUGUCGUUGGGUUGCUCAGAAAAGCCAAGUUUCACAACUCUGACUGCCUUUCAACUUGGCUACUUCAUUUCAUUGCCACUAACUACCUCAUCUUCAGUCAAAAGCCUGAAUUCCAAGAUCUUUCAGUGGAAGAGCGCAAUUUUAUUGAGAUGCACAGAUGGCCUUCCAAUAUGUACCUGAAACAACUUGCAGAUUACAGGAAUUUCAUCCACUCCCAGAAAUGUCACUGCACAGUUAUGUAAUCAAAAGACUGACUAUUCAGUAAGGAUUGAUGGACUUAAAAAUCUCAGAUUAGAGUCUUAAUACUUUCCAAAUUAUUUCUAAUAAGAAAGGAAAAAUGCUCAAGGGCCAGAAAGCACUGUACAGUACACUAGUGCAUUUGCUAGUACUCUUUGCAAUUAAAUGCUGUAACAUUUUAAAGGGAUGAAAUAUAUCAGAGGACAGCAAAAGGAUUUAACCCAGUAUGGGACUUGUACAGCUCUAACUUGUUUCUCCUUUCAAGGGAACUUUUGCUGUAGUGGUGGUGUUUUCUGCUUCUAGGUUGUUUAUCUUGUGUUCAACCCCUGGCUGGGAUUUCAAAGGAAUGUUAGGGAGCUGUGUAUUGACCUCCUUAGACUUUUUGAAUAUUCCACCUCAGAAAGCAUAGGUUACCAGUUUGAGUAGCAUAUACUAUAUAUAUGUUUGCUAGAUUAAACGUAUUCGUAAAAGCA